UGAAAACUGAUGUUGUGAAGUAAGGUUAAGCACACUUAUGUAUUUAAAAUGCAAGUGUUAACACUAUUGGUGUUUAGAAUGUCUGCUAUGCCCCUUUAAGAGAAGAGCCAAUUUAUAAUUGUCCUGUAUUUCGGGAGUAAAAUUAUUAUAUUUAGUUCAAAUCUGAGAAAAGUUAGGUUAGAUUUAUGAUCGAAAUCAAAAUGAUCUACUUUAAUAAAGUAUAGGCAGUUCUUGAAUGGCGCGAACUCAUUUUCAUGAACAUGUUGUGAAACUCUCGGAAUGUAAAUGCGUGAGAAACCUUACGCUUAUCGGGCACAAGCCUUAUCGCUUGCUGAGCCCCCAAGAUAACCUAUACACCAUGUCCCGCUUCCAAGUAAACUCACUUGUCUUGUGACCAGUUAGCAAUAUUUGUGAAAAACAGCCACUGUCCCAUGAUCACAGAGAAUUGGUUAAUGUGUAUUGAAACUGGGAUGGUUGAAUAAAUCCAGAGUGAGCAUGGAGCAGUGCAUGUGCCUAAAACUAGUCCAAUUUUGAGGCCAAAGACGACGAUUUUGGAAAACAAGCAAAAGCGGACUGAAACGGUAGUUGGGUGACCAGAGCGCGCAGUCCAACGUCCGAAGCAUGACGGACGAAAAACCAUUGGUGCACGAUGACAUGCCGAAAAUAGUGAUCACACGGAACAAACCAAAGAGGAGAAGGCUGAGGGUGGGCGAUCCGGAUUUUGCGCCCCCAGAUGGAGGAUGGGGCUGGCUCAUUGUCUUUGCCUGUGGAUUCAGUAAUCUUAGUACAUUUCCAAUGUUCCAACAAUUCGGAUUGGUGUUCCGGACGCGGUUUGAGGAGCUUAACAUUUCCUCAGCCCAAACCACAUCGGUGAUUAACAUGAACUCGGCAUUCAAUGCCGGCAUGGGUCUGUUGAAUGGGCCGGUGUUCAGGAAAUUCACCUACAGACAGGUGGCUAUGGUAGGCUCCCUGCUGGUCUUCUGCUCUCUGUUUCUAUGCCAGUAUUCUAAUAGUUUCUGGGGCUACAUGAUUCUAUAUUCGGCCCUUUACGGUUGCGGGAUUGGUAUAACGCAAUCGUCCAACGCUCUGGCGCUCAACACUUAUUUCAAGGAGAAGAGACGAGUGGCCACUGGGUUCUCAUGGACAACGACCGCAAUGGGGCCCAUUGUGUGGCCCUACAUUAUCGUCGCUCUGAAUUCGCUUUAUGGUAUGGAGGGCACACUACUAAUCUUUGCGGGAUUUUCGUUGCAUGCAUUCGUAUGCUCGUUGUUGUUGCAGCCUGUCGAAUGGCAUACGAACUUUAGGGAGAUAAAUCCAGAGUCGGCAGCGCUGCUGGAAAACGGCCAACCAGAAUCGCGAGCGAGCCGCUACUGGAACAAGGUGAAGAGCAAUCAGAACGUGUUUUCUAGUCAAUAUUUGCAUAACGAAGACGAUCCUAUUCACACGGGCUAUGAGAUUACGGAUCCAGGCACGCCCAUGAUGAUCAAGUACAACGACGGCUGGUACUCGAGGUCGCAAAUGGGCUCCAAACUGUCCCUUUCCUCGAACAGAAGCAAAAGUUCCAAGCCGGGCUCGAAGCCAAUUUCAGCCAAACCGUCCAUGACCAAUCUGCCAGAGUUUGGUUUGGAUAAAUCGCACUCUCAGUCCAAGCGGAAGAUUUCGCAAAUCAACAAGCCGGCCAUAGUGGAAGAAGUGGAGCCCGAAGUCGCUCCUGAUGAGCAGCUGCUGGCGCCACCAAAGCAAAACGAAGUGCUUCAGGAGGCGGUGAAGAUUCUCACUGAGUUGGAGACGAAGAAGCGCGAGAAAGCAAGUGAAGUGGAAGAGGCGCCAGCCAGCCCCAAACUGAGCAUCUGGCAGAAAAUCUCCAUUUUCUUUGACUUUGAGCUGUUCAAAGAUCCGAUUUAUGUGAAUCUCAUGCUGGGGAUUACGGUGGCCAAUUUCGCCGAGCUGAACUUUUCCAUUCUAACCCCCAUGGUGCUCAAGGAGUUCAACUUUGGACAGUACGAGACGGCCACUUUUAUGUCCCUGCUGGGCGCCACUGAUAUAGUGGUGCGCUUCUUCAUACCAUUCAUUGCCGACAGGAUUGGCUGGGACAACAAGCGCUUCUUUUUGAUUGGCGUCCUUGCCAUGGCCCUCGGGCGAGUAAUUCUCGUCCACACGCAGACUUACACGUGGAGCUUACUAGUGGCAGUGAUAAUCGGCGCUGGAAAGGGGCUAAGGACGAUUUUCAUUGCGCUAGUUAUUCCGUCCUAUGUGCCUUUAGAGCGUCUGCCUGCCGCUUCAGGGCUGCAGCUUGCCACUAGCGGCUUACUUUUCGUGAUUUUAGGUCCGGUUGUCGGCUUGAUUCGGGACGCGGUAAACAACUACGUGAUCACGUUGCAUUUGCUGAACAUUUGCACGUAUGCGACUGCAGUGGCGUGGAUAAUCGAGGAGAUUGUGACCAAGAGGCGAAAGGAGGGCGAUGGGAGUAAACCGAGCAAAUCGUUCAAAACUGCCAAAUGAGCGGAUGAGGGUGCGGCUUAGACUUUGCGGUUACUCAAGUGAUAUUUUUUUAGAGUUAAUGCGAUUUGGGUAUAUGUUUCCUCAACCAGUUUUCCGGGGCCAAACAACUACAUUAGAUUAAAUACUUUAGACACACUGUGUGUACGAAGUUUGCUUGAAGAUUCAUUAGACUCUCGUGCGUGUGUUGUUCGAAACUAGACCACAUUUGAAAGUAGGAGGUGAGCAAACGUGGAUGUUUUGGCAUUGUUUAUUUAAUAUUUUUAACAACAAGAGUAUCCGAAGUC